AUGCCUGUCAAGAUAGUUCUUGGCUCCCAAUGGGGAGACGAAGGUAAAGGGAAAUUGGUCGACAUUCUGUGUGCCAGUGCCUCCAUGUGCUGCCGCGCAGCUGGUGGAAAUAAUGCAGGUCACACAAUUGUGGUCAACGGGAUCACCUAUGACUUUCACAUCCUCCCCAGCGGCCUGAUCAAUCCCUCUUGCAAACUCAACCUCAUUGGUGCAGGUUGCGUUGUCCAUUUACCUUCAUUCUUCAAGGAGCUUGGCGCGCUGGAGCAGAAGGGCUUGCAAGAAGUCAGGCAGAGAGUCAAGAUCAGUGAUCGUGCACAGGUGUGUUUUGAUCUGCAUUGUGCUGUUGAUGGGAUCAGCGAAGAGAUCCUACGGAGCAAAGAUGCCAAGAGCAUGAUUGGUACCACAAAAAAGGGAAUUGGCCCAUGCUACAGUGACAAGGUCGGCAGAAGAGGUGUUACAAUGGCUAUGCUGAUAAGUGAGAACGGACAAUGGGAGAAGAGGUUGAGAACGUUACAUCAGACCUACACAGGCACCUACGGUUCAGAUGCUUUGAGCCACUACGAUUUGGAAGCAGAGAUAGCAAGAACGAAAGACUUCAGACAGGAGCUGAUCAAAGGGGACUACAUCAUUGAUGCCACUCCACUGCUUUCGAAAACGAUUGGUAAUAAUGGUAGAGCCAUCACGACAAGCUCACAAUUUCAACAGUCUCCAGACCAGGCAGCCAAAACUUUGGAGAGCAACGGCGACACUCCAGCCGCUGGAAGUGAACUCUUCUCAAAUGUGCUUAUCGAAGGCGCGAACGCACUUCUGCUCGACAUCGAUCACGGAACUUACCCUUACGUGACAAGCAGCAAUACUGGGCUAGGCGGUGUAUUCACAGGUCUGGCUGGUCUUUCGCCUUUGUCACUCAACCAUCCUGAUAGCAGCAUCAUUGGAGUAGUGAAAGCAUACACGACCAGGGUCGGUAGCGGGCCUUUCCCAACCGAGCUCGGUACGGAAGUUGCUAACGUGUCAACCGAGGACGCACAUUCUGGUGACCAAUUGCAAUCGAUUGGUCGAGAAUUUGGCGUUACUACAGGCCGGAAGAGACGAUGCGGUUGGCUUGAUCUGGUUCUCGUCAAAUAUUCGUGCCAGGUGAACUGCUAUACUCACCUCAAUUUCACAAAACUCGAUGUGUUAGAUACAUUCCCUGAAAUUCGCGUGGCGAUGAGCUACAAAGAUCGUCGGACUGGUCAAACAAUAUCUGGCUUUCCUGCCGACAUAGAUCUGAUUGCGAAUGAGAAUCUGGACAUUGUUUACAAGACUUUUGAAGGCUGGCAAACGGAGACAACAGGUACGAGGGAGUGGGAUCAACUGCCCGACAAAGCCAAGGCGUAUAUUGAGUUCGUAGAACAGGAGGUUGGGGUGCCGAUCAAGUGGAUUGGCACAGGACCUCGAAGGGAGGAUAUGGUCGUGAGGUGA